AUGCGUUUAAAGGGGAAAAAUAAUACAAAAUCAUUUCAAAGCGUCUAUAAGGUGCUCUCGCGUAUAUGUCGAACUGCAGAUAAAGGGCAACUUGAUGGUUUCAUGGCGGAUGGUGCAGUGCCACCAAUAAAGAAUGGCCAUAAUUGCAAUAACAUGGGUUUCUCGACGCAACCAGUAAAACAAACCUCCGAUGUGCCCAACACCGUUUACGCGGUGGGGCAGUAUGCCCCUAAAGUUUUGAAGAACUUGAACGCUCAACGAUUAAAGAAUCAGUUCAGCGAUGUGGGCCUGGUCGCUGGUGGUAGCGUUAUCAGAGCCCACAGAUCUGUCCUGGCCGCAGGGAGCGCGUAUUUUAAUGCUAUGUUCACCGGUGGUUUGGUCGAAGAACAGCAGGAGUUAGUAGAAAUUCAUUCAGUAUCGCCUAAAAUUCUUUCCCUCUUGGUGGAUUUCAUUUAUACGGGGAAUGUUGAUAUUACCCAGGACAAUGUUCAAGAAUUAUUUGCAGCUGCUGAUAUGCUAGAAUUAGACGAAGUAGUAUUCGGUUGCAUUACGUAUUUGAAACAACAACUUCACUACUCUAACGCGCUUGGGAUUUAUAGAUUUGCAGAAGCACAUAACAGAUUAGAUCUUUUGGAGACUGCCCUACGCUUUAUACAAGUCAAUUUUCCUCAAGUUUCUCAAGAGGAAGAGUUUUUGGAUCUGCCGAAAGAACAUCUCGUUCAGUUCCUCAGUAGCGAUUACAUUCAUAUCGAUACUGAAUUCCAGGUCUUCCAAGCGGCAUACAAUUGGAUCGUUCACGAGAUACUGACAAGGAAAUGUUACGUGUUUGAAAUAUUGAGUCACAUACGUUUACGGCUGUGUUCAUUGGCGAGAUUGGAACGCGUAAUUUUGGAAUGCAAAGACGAGAGUCUGAUCGUUGCGUUACGAUCUAUACAGAAGGAUCUAGUCUCGAACAAAGGUUGCCUCGUGCCUCUUCACGCGCAACCCAGACUUUGCGCUAAGAAGAAUGUAUUGGUAAUCGGCGGAUCUAGACGCGAACACUCGGCGGACAGUUGGGGGAGAGCUGCUGAGAGUACUUAUGAAACGAUCGAAAAAUACGACAUAUUUACAGGCCAGUGGAGCGAGGUGGCACCGAUAAGCAUAGGGCGAAUACUACCAGGAGUUGCGUUGUUAGACGGAAAGGUUUACGUCGUCGGCGGGGAACUCGAGUCGUGUAUUAUCGCCAACUGCGAGUGCUACGAUCCCCGCGAUGACGUAUGGACUCCAAUUGCCUGCAUGGAAGAGCCGAGGUGCGAAUUUGGACUCUGUGCCUUGGACAACAACUUGUACGCGUUCGGCGGAUGGGUAGGCGAAGACAUCGGCGGAUCAAUAGAAAUAUACGACCCGAUGACUAACUCUUGGACGCUCGAUGGGCAGUUACCCGAACCACGAUUCAGCAUGGGCGUAGUCGCUUACGAAGGGUUGAUAUACGUGGUCGGUGGUUGCACGCAUAACAGCAGGCAUCGCCAGGAUGUGAUGAGUUACAAUCCGGUGACGAGAGAGUGGUCGCACUUGGCUCCGAUGCUCACGCCUCGUUCGCAGAUGGGGAUCACCAUUCUCGAUGGAUACCUCUACGUCGUGGGCGGUACGAAUAAGAAUCAAGAGGUUUUAACUUCCGUCGAAAGAUAUUCAUUCGAGAAGGACAAAUGGAGCACCGUCGCGCCCAUGAACAUGGGCAGAUCAUACCCAGCAGUCGCGGCGGCCGACAGCCGACUUUAUGUAAUAGGCGGUGAUCAGUCUCAGGAAAUCAAUUUUUAUCGAACGCAAAUCACUAUCUCCACGGUCGAGUGUUACGAUCCGCAUUCGAACAAAUGGCACGAGUGCGCUUCGCUGCCGACGAGUAGAGGCGAGGCAGCAGCAAUUGUCGCGCCCUUUUGAUCGAAAUUUUCUUUCAGACAAAUUCACAGGAUACGCUGAACAUAUUUUGUACGUAUACUAUUUCGAUCACAUCCGUUUACCUUUGAAAUUCACAGUGACACGCGACCGUCUGUCUGUUCAAAUAUAAUGUCGAAUCGGAAACAAUCUUAUGUCACGUCGUAGAUACGAAACGUGAUCAAAAGAGUGUAUGAUUUAGAAUGUAUUUUUUAUAGAUCAUAAUUUUAACAGUAUCGUCGACGACAGCUUUUUUUUUAACGAGCGUAAGAUGCAACAGGAUUUGAGAAAAAGAAGGAAAAAUGUUCCAUUACGAUAGUACACUUUCUGUACCCAAGACAUUAAAUUGCGUAUACCGAUUUAUUUGCAAGCAAGAAGACGUUUAUUUUAUAUAUAUCUAUUUACUAAAUGAAAGUAGCUGAAACUGACUUCCACACACUUUAAACAACAAAAAAGAAACGUUUUUUAGUAUGAACGAAUUUUAUUAGCCGUAGAAGCGACUGAAAGCCUUCGCGUUCUAUGAGUCGUUUACCAAAGUUACGGAGAAUGAAAAAUAUGAUACUCUAUUGUAAAUUUUAUCACAUUACAUCGAGAAGUGAACGGAGAACAUAUUUCUAUGUAGUAUGCGUGAAACGGAACGUCUUUAGUCUACGAGAAUGAAAGCGUGAGUAUUUAAUUCUCAUCGAUGAAUUGCAUGUUCGAGUCAACGCGUGCUUGUAACGUUUAUCCGAUUCUGUUCUGCCCUGUAAAUUCUCGUAAUAUCGUUACUCAUCCAUUCUUGCCGGUAAUACUUAACGUUUAACGAUAUUAUCCCUUCGAUCGUUGUUCUUGAAAAAAGAAGAAAGAAAGAAAGAUCGGACGUGAGAUAUUUUGGGAAUCGUCAAAUCGUAUCUUACAAAAUCACACGUAAGAGUCAUUAGUUUUAUAGAAGAGCUUCGUCACAGUCUGCUCUCGAAAGUGUGUCUGGUGCUAUGCUGGAAUUAAAAUCAUCCUUUUUACAUGUCGUCGAAUUGGGAUGAGCGAAUCUUGCUUUUAACGUUUUCAAAUACACCUCGUCCGACGGUGUAAAAUACACGAACAAGCGAAAAAUGAUUGAUUUAGACAAGAAAAGAAACUGAUGAGGGAUUUGCUCCUGAAGAUUCAUGGGCGUUAUCAUAAUAUAAGUACUUAGCUCGAAAAUAAUUUUCAUGAAGCGUACGUACGCGACGUGUCAAUGUGAUUCUACGAUCAGCUGCUGUUCGCGUUUUUAUCGUAACCGCAAGUUCUAUCGAAUCGAACUGUAACGACGAUACUACGUACUUCUUAUACCAAAGUUUUGUUUAACAGAUGAAUUGUGUAAAAAGAUAUUAUUACGAGGUACAAUAUAGAUUUAAUGACGCGUUCGUUCGGUUGCUCUUUUCUGUGUAUAUAGACUUUACUUGAAGGUACGCAUCGUUCUGAGCAAAGCAAUUGUUCGAAAUCUAUUGGAACGAAUUCAUUUAAGCUCGUAGCAAAUCAUUUGUUGUAAUCACAUUUUAAAUAUCCUUAACGCUCUACAAGUUAUAGCGAUGUAUGUAUUUUUGUUAUAAUUGUAUAAACGGCAUACAUUUUUUUUUAAACAUGUUUUAUUUGUUUUCUCUCAGUAAACUGUUGUAAGAGAUGUUUGUUUUAUAGUUUAUAUAAUUGUUCUGUCACGUAUUUAUUAACGAUAUCUAUCUUGUACGUUAUCAAGAGUGCUGUUAGUUAAAAAGGCUCUUCUGUACACUUCAAAUGCGUUGAACGAUGUAAAGGGCUCGGCUCGUUCUAAUUUUCAAUCAUGAAAGUAUGUACACACACCCGCACCCGCCACACGCUUCUCUGUCUGGACCGAAACUAAUGGAAUUGCAUUGAAUUCAUAAAUAGCCGAAAAAUAUGUCGCGUGUACACGCGUGUAUAUGUUCAUGGACACGUGCUUUACGCCGAUCUAAACAGCAGAAAAAGAAAUAAGUCUACUUGGAGAUACAGACGUUUCACUUGCAAUUUUUAUACAAAACCUAUUACGAUAUGUGUUUAGUAAAAAUAAAGGAAUUAUUACGCUGAAGGAAGAACACGACCGUAUCCUCCAAUGAUACUUGAAAAGUUACAGUGUCCACGAGACGACUCGUUACAUGGACGUUUUACACGAUAUACGCUACGAUAUAUUAAACUGUCUUGAUAAAUAAAUAUUUAAACAUA